AUGCGGUACCGAGAAACCACUGCAAUGUUGAAUCAGCUAGCAACGAACAUGUCAAUGACCGACGAGAAAGACUACAAUAAGUGGAUGGGAGUACUCAAGAAACUGUGCAAUGAGACAAACAAGACAUUGUCAAAGAUUAUAACUAGCGAGGACAGACGGAAUAAACCGAUAACUUGGAUGACUUUGAAGGAGAAGAGUAGUCCAAGGAGCCAAGUUAAAGAACCUUAUUAG